AGCACGACGUGCUAUGCUCCUUUCCCCUAUAGAAAGUACCCCCAUCCUGAAAUUGAAACUUACCAUAAACACAAACACGAGUAUCCAGACCUCAAAAUGGCAACACCACUUAGAACCCUCUCCUCCGACGACAACGUGGUGAAGUGGUUCGAAGAGGAGAACAUACGGUAUGCCUACUUCCACACCCCCGUCGCCGAACUGUACUGGCUGGUGAGCACUAACCGCCACACGAACAUGCCCGUCAAGUUUCUCAUCCCCGAAGAGACCAUCGACCAAGCCUGCGAGGUCAUCACUCGUCAUGGGCUGGUCGCAUGCCCGUACGGAGUCGACUGUCAGUUGACACGCUCGUUAGCCCAGAUCCCCAGCAAUACUGAUCAUUACCACGCGGCUCUGCCAGCCGACGCCGGCGCUCAAGGCCAGCAGCCCCCCGACGCGAUGGAGAUGGACCAAACGCAGCUAACCCAGCCCCAGCCACAGGACCCAGAUGUAAUGGACCUCGACGAGGAUAUCCCCGCCUUCCCCCCGCCUAGCAGUGCGGGCGCUCCCAACGAAGCCUGCGGCCUGACAAUCCUCCUCUACCCGCAGGAGGACCUGUUCUGGUUCUUCCCCGCCCCGCCGCGCCGUACGGAACUCGACAACAGCUACUGCUACAUCGAAUCGCGGGAGCCGAUCAUCUGCCGGCUCUGGAACUGCCCCGUGGUCACCUACACGCAGCGGGCGUGGGCGGAGACGGUGCUCAUCAACCUGAGCCGCGACCUGGCGACGCGCGCCGGCGUGCCGCAGGCCUACUGGCACGCGGAGCUGAAGCACAUCGCCAUGUUCUGGUACAACGACCAUCCGUCCGUCUACCAGACCGAAACCCCGACGGUCGAGCUCCACCCGCGCAACAUGAUCAAGCCCUACACCACCAUUCUGAGCCUGUUCCGCGAGGCCCUGUGGUUCUACGACCGGGACGGGUUCUCGGACGCGGUCAAGGCGGAGCUUCGCGAGAUGUUCGACGAGCUCGAUCUGAUGGGUCUAUUCCCGCCGGGCCCGGGGAGGAAUGUCGAUCCGUGCAUCGACCACACCUUCACGGGGCAUGGCCCGGUUCCGGCGUAUUUGGAGGGGUCGGUGAAGGGCAUUCGGCGGGACUUUCGGCAGCGGCAGGAUGAUUCGGCCUGAGACGCCGUCGCCUUCGUCCUGGUGUGUAGCGAGUAGCUUUUGUUUUUGGGAAUAUAACACAUUUAGACUCCAGCCAUAUAU